UUAGCUUAUCUAUAAGUCAUACAUAAGAGGAAGCAUCAUUUGGUUCUAUGCUCUUUGGAAAAACAAGAACAAGAAGAAAGACCAUCAUUAAGGUUGUUUCUAUCAUACUUGGGAAUCAUGUUUUUCAAGUAUAAGCUCGGCUUCGUCGUCGUCUUCUUCUUCCUCCUCUUGACCUCGUUUUUCUCCACUAUUUGCAUUGCAGGUCGACCUUCUAAGCUGGUUCAUGAGGUUGUUAAUGGUGUUGUGCAUGAGGGUCGAAAGAGGACGACACGAGAUGAAAUGGAGGACGUCCAUGAAAGGCUUUUGAGGGUAAACACCAAAGACUAUGGAAGAUAUGAUCCAUCUCCAUCUUUUGUGAAGCCUCCUUUCAAGCUCAUCCCCAACUAAGAGG